AUGGAUCAAAUCUUUGAUGAAUUUAUUGCAGAAUUGGAAAAUAUCGGAGAGGACAAUGGUAACCAACCAAUAGAAGAAGAACAAGGUGUUGUUGUUGAAGUGAUUAAUAGUAGUAGUAAUAGUGAUAAUAGUAGUAGUGGCAAGGAUGAAUUGGAGAGUCAGUUUGCUAAAAUUGCUUGCUCAGGCUGUAGAAAGUCUCACCUUGCUUGUGAUCGUAUCAAACCAUCGUGUUCUGAAUGUAUCAUGAGAAAACGACCUUGUCAAUACAUACCUCCAAAGAAGAGAGGAAGAGUUAAAGGAAAUAAGAAGAAUGACUGUAAUAACUCCUCUUCUUCAUCAUCGUCUCCAUCUUCUUCAACAUCACCAACAAAUACCUCUACAAUAAUAACAACUGUAAAUAUGUCUAACAACAACAAUUCAAAGAAGAAGAAAUUGGCAAUAAUUGCUCCAUCAGCAACAACAAACAAGGAAGCAAAGAGAGCAACAACUAACGGAUUCCAUCCCUAUCUCUCAAAACAACAACAAACAUACUUGACAAGGGAGAGAAACUUGGUGAAAGGAAACAUUCAUCAUGCUAUUGUUAAUUACUUUUUUGACUUUGUGGAUGUUAACUUUGACUUUUUGAGUAGAGAACAGAUGGAGGAAAUUGUGGCGAAUGUUGAUUUAUAUGAGAAAGAAUACUCUGUAAGAACACUGCUUUCUGCUGUGCAGAGUUUGUGUGAACAGUCGAUGAGUCAAACUGAGCGUUCUCUUAAUUCCUUUAGAGAGUCAGUGCACUACUCUUCAUUGGCUCAUCCAGUUGACUUUUGUACAAAGGUUUCCAAGGUUCUCCUUACCAUGUUUACUAUUGGCGAUGGCCAAACUGAAAUGGCUUGGAAUUAUUUGAACUAUAUCAAGGACCUUGAAAACGAUCCAUAUUUGGAUGAUGUAAACAAACUUAAAUUCAAAAUGAUUGCUUCAAAAGGAGAGGCUCAUAUAUCAAUUGGGGAUGAUGAUUUAGAAAAUUCAAAGUUUGUUGGGAAAUCAUUUACCAAAUUUUAUGAUCAUUACGUCAAUGAUAACAAGUAUGAUUCAGAAUCUAUUAAUAAUGGUAUUACUUUAGAAAAUGCAGCUUCUACAUUAUCUCUAAUAUAUUCAGUGAGAGAUUUCCUCUAUAACAAGAUUGCAAAUAAGAAGCUCUCCGAUCCUCAAAAACAAAUCAAGCAUGCCACUAUUGAGCUGAUGCACAAUUACGGACUUUAUUCCACUUUGAAGCUCUUAAAUUUUAAUGCAGAUGGUUUGAAUGAAUUGGUCGAAAAGGUUGAAUUGUUACUCUUUAAUUUUUCAUUGAUACUUCCUCUUUAUUCAUUUCAUAAUUUGGCAGUUUUUGUCCGUCACAGAAUUAACCAAUUUAAUUCUAUUAGAAUUCGAAUAAUUGAAAAAAUAGGACAAGGAAGAAAUAUAAGAUCCAUAUUUGAAGAUGAGGAAGAAAAAAAGUAUUUUGAAAAAGUUUUACAGCACAUCAAGUUGGUGAAUUCAUUCGCAGCUAGAUAUCGUAUGAUACACAGAUUAUUUCCAAGGCUGGUUAGAGAGCUGAACUCAAUCGUCAAGUGGAAGUUUGACUUGCAAAUGACCUGUCUCUCUGCUUGUAUCACAGAUGAAAUGUCCAAUGAAUUGAACAAUGUUGAUAUUACAAACAAGAAGGAAUCAAAUAAGGAUGAAUCUCGCUAUCAAUCAUGUAUUGAAAAGUGUAGAGCAAGCAAUCAUAUUUUCAGUAUUUAG